AUAAGUAUUGAAGAAAAUCCAAAUACCGUAGGAGACUGACGUGGCGGUUACUUGGUUAGCAACCUAGCCCAGUUGGAGGAGAAAUGCCCCCUAACUAAAACAAGUCUUAAAUAAACACCUCUUCCCAUUCAUCUUAAUCUUCAAGACAACAGCACCUCAUCCAUCGUGAUAUAUCAGCAGGUAUGACUAAAAGCAGCUUCAAGAUUGAGCAUGAUUUUGAGAAAAGGCGUGCUGAGGCUGCCAGAAUCAGGGGAAAAUACCCUGAUAGAAUUCCAGUGAUUGUGGAGAAGGCAGAAAGAAGUGAUAUUCCUAACAUUGAUAAGAAGAAAUACUUGGUCCCUGCCGACCUCACAGUUGGUCAGUUCAUCUAUGUAAUCCGGAAGAGAAUUAAACUGAGCGCUGAAAAGGCUAUCUUCAUAUUUGUGGACGGUGUCCUCCCACCGACCGGAGCAAUUAUGUCAACUAUCUAUGAUGAAAAAAAGGAUGAAGACGGAUUUCUGUACGUUACAUACAGUGGAGAAAAUACAUUUGGCUAGCAGAUCAUGCUGGGACCUUAUUUCCAUGCUAUAGUUUACAUUUAAUUGAAUAAAUUAAUAGUUGUGGCAUUCUGCCUAAUAUAUGAUAUGAUUCCUCGGAAUGCCUAUACGUGUAUAGUUUCUCCGUACAUAAUUCCAUAUCAAUCUGAAAUGUCGGAACUAUUGCUCAAAUUCAUUGAAGAAUGUUAUAACCCUUUAUUUAA